AUGGCCCGGAGGGAGCGGGAGAGGGCCGGGGGCUCGGCGGAGCGUCGGGCGGCGGGGUCCCCCCGGGGCUUUGGGCGCCCGGAGCCGCCCGGCGGGGCCGUGGCCCGGGUGUCCCACCUGUGGCCGGGCGCUGCGGGGAGCAGGGAGCGCCUGCAGGCCCCGCACCCGGCUGACCCUGGCGGCAGCUGGGGCAGGGCGGCGGGCAGGCCGGCCGUCGGCCCCGGCAGCACCCGGAGGAAGGAGCUGAAGGGAAUCCUCCUGCAGAGCAGCGGCAGCACCAAGCGGAGCGCCCCAGCACAGGUGGUGCCCGGUGGCAGCGGGCUCCUGGCCGGGCAGCAUCAGGAGCAGGAGCCUCCGGAGCACAGCCCCGAGGUGCUGUCCCUUGCCUUGGACCCUCUGGAGCACGAGUGGCUGCUGACGGUGGCCCAAGGCGAUGCGGAGAACAUCGUCAGGCUGCUGGACCUGGACCCAAGCCUGCUGACCAGGAAAGACUUCGUGACGGGCUUCACCGCUCUGCACUGGCUCGCCAAGCACGGCCACCACGAGAGCUUCAUCGAGGUGGUUGCCCACGCCCAGAAGAAGGGCUAUCCCGUCAAUGUGAACGUCCCUGCUGCCAGCGGCGGGCUCACCCCCUUGCACCUGGCUGCCCUGCAGGGCCAUGAGCUGCUCAUCAAGUUGCUGGUGGGAGCUUACGGGGCGGACACCAGCUGCAGGGACCACAGCGGGCGCAAGGCCUGGCAGUACCUGAGGGCAGAUGCUCCCAGGGAGCUGAAGGAGCUGGCGGGGGCCUUGGAGGAGGACUUGGCCCAGCUGCACAUUUGCAACACCAACAACAACUGUAAGUCAUCUGGACAGGCCAUGGCAGGGAGGGACUGUGUGGAUUUUGGGGCUGGGGGGAAAACCCAGCAGCCCCGUAGCCUGUCAACCCUCUGGGACUUUGUCAAACAGGCGUUCACCUUCUUCCAUGAGCGCUGA